AUGUCAAACGAGUCGCAGUCGGCCCCGGUUGACGCUGUCGUGGCUCUCCAGGGUGCUGCAGCGGAGGUCCUUCCCGCCGGCGCCACAGCUACGACCACGGCUACUAGUAGUGGUACUUCUACGGCUGGUAUGAAGAGUACCCCAACGGUUAUUACCGGGACACCAACAAUGACAGCAACAACAACAACAACAACAACUACAAAUACAGAAAAGGAGGUUACCAUGGCCACAGUUUCAGGGGAGGCUGAUGGUAAACGCGACAAUGCAGCAGAAUCCGUUUCUGCAUCAUCUGCAUCGCAGAUUCAGGUGGCUUCCGAGCAGACUCCAAAGGAGUCACGUAUACACAAUGGAGAAACAGGCCAGACAGGUGAGCCGGCCGGCCAAGUAGACUUGAAAGAGAUGCCUACAGAAGUAACACUGUCCACUCUGUCACCGGCAAAGCAGCAACUCAACACGAGUUCGGAGUCAGUUCCCCCGCGUGGUAAGAAUAAACAGAGGCAUUCGUUCGCCACUGCCCCUACACCCAAGUACAGGCAGCCAAACACUCCCCCCAUGACGGACUUGAGGGUGAACAGCUCAAUGACUUCAAUGCAGCAACAAGUACAGCCGCCUCCCAUGUACCAGACACCUAUUAUGGUCUCACCGAUGAUGUCCUCGACACUACCGCCGCCGCAGGGACCAUUUUAUAUCACACAGCAUGGCAUGCCGCCACCGCCACUGCCGCCGCCGCCGCCGCCACCACCACCACCAUCCUCUUUGAUGUCGCCUUUCAUUUCAGGAAUUGGAGCACUUCCGCCACCAUCGACGCCGCCGCCACCGCCGCCGCUGCCCUCUUCUGCUCCGCCGCCGUUCAUGCAAGCGCCGUGUGGCCCCAUUCCUUUUAACACUCCAAUGGGGCUUUCUAUACAGGCAGUGCUGAUGGCAAAAAACCCCGAACAGAGCUUGUUGCCCUCGUUGUUUACCAACGCCACAAUCCCCCCCCCUCCACCCCCACCCCCACCGCCGCCGCCGCCGCCGCCACCGCCGCCGCCAUUGUUUGCAGCAUCAUUGUUAGCGGCCGUUCAAAAACAGCAGCAGCAGCAACAACAACAGCUGCCGCCACCGCCGCCUGGAAUGCCUCCAGCAGGGACAAAUGUCGCCCGCGUGAGUGUUGGUAAUGCUUCCUUGGCAGCUCUGGUAUCGAAGGAACCGCCAAAGUUUGUGUGUGUGUUGCUUUCCGGGGUUCCUGCGGUUGGGAAGACCACAUGUGGACGCGAACUGGUGAAUGAGUUACAGAGAGAUGGUCUUGGGUGGAAGUUUUUUUCUGGUGCCGAUUUUCUUGCGGGGACGGCAACGAAACGCCUUGUGUGGGAGACCACCAAGGAAGUUUUUGAUGCCUUACAGAAGCGUCUGGAUGAACUUCUCGAGGAGCAGCGUAAGGAGCGUAACGUGAAGGGUCUUGUGAUUGACAAAAAUGUGAAGGGUAUUGAGGACGUCUACUAUCUUGCCUCACUCCUCAAGGCGAGGCGGAUUCCAUUUGUCGGCAUUGUGGGAAUGGAGGUGGACGACGACGGUGUGCUGCUAAAACGUAUGGAUAGUGGUGAGGAAAUGCGGGAAAAAAUCAAGUACCACCGUGUUAUUCAUGCGAGGGUGCGGGCUCUUGCAAGGGCUGCGGGAAUGUACCGAGAGAUUGACGCGACGAAAUCGAAGGAUGAGGUUUUAAAUGACUUACGCACAAUGGUGCUUGGCUGCUGUGCACAGCCCCCACAACGCGGCAUCCGGACAGACCUCUACGCCGGCUCCAUGGCAACGACGAUGGUUGAUGACCAUGCGGAGUAUUACGACGUCGUUACACGCGUCCUGGAGCUUUUGAAGCCGUCAAAGGGACCUUCCCACUACCCUGGCACGAUGGAAUUUACACCUUUUUCCAUACGGGAUAUGUCUGACAAGAGUCGGGCCUCCGCAAUAAAGGCGCACUACGGCGUACGACGCCUGAAUGACGGCGUUCGUCACCUGCUGAUGUACCGUGACUCAAAGUUCUACCUCAUCCCGACGCACCUCAAGGCCGUGCUGCGGAUGCCCGAGAAGGCGUGGCUGGGGAGUAGGCUCGACUCCGUUGGGAGCUUUGUGCUUGAAGGGGACUUAGUGCAGCUUUCCAAGGAGCGCUGCUGUGAGAAGUUUCUCGCCUUUGACGUUCUCUACUGGAGUGACACAGGGCAGCCGGAAGUGAAUACAGUGGCGUCCAUGAACUGGGCUGAGCGCCAGGCCCUCCUUGACACUCACCUGUUCGCAGAGAGCAAGGCAUUUUUCCCCACUGGGUCCGAUUGCGUUGUGAUGCAUCAGGCGACGUUGAAGUUGGAGCGGAUUUUUGACCUCUUGAACUCCAGCGAUGACACGUUAGAGGGGAUCCUGUUUCAGCCCAUCACCUCUACCUACGGCUACGACAAGGUGUACGCCUGGCGCCCACCAUCGAAGCUCACGAUAGAUUUUCGCAUCGGCGCGUUAAUAAGUACCACAACUGACGCAAAUGAGGCGGAAAGCGACUCCAAGGACGCGGCGGCGGCGGCGGCGGCAGUGGCAGCAGCAACGAUGCUGGCAGAGGAGGCGGUUGCGGUGACAAGUAAUACAACCAGCUCUGCCCCCACUCCUGCAGGGCGGCCGCAGCCACAGCCGUCCAGCACAUAUCCAUUAGGUCAUAGCCUGAACAGCGCAGGGGGAUUUGGGCGAAGUAUGCUUUCCGAGAAAGUUCCUGUACGCACGUUUGAGCUGGAGGUGUAUGAUAAGCACGAAAAAGAAUACGUUCAGUUUGAGGAGUGCACAGUUGAGGUGCAACACCCCGACGUGGUGGAGGGUUGUAUCUGCACCUGUGUCCUUGCCAAUGAGAAAAAUUGCUCUUGGACCUUUCAGCGCAUUCGUUACGAUGUGCUUCGACCUGCAUAUAAGCGGGAUGUGAUGACGUUGCUUGAGCAUUGCAUUAUUUCCAAAGCCAAAUUAUUGCACUGGCUGGUGCAUGACAAGAUCGUCCACCAGACACAGAAUGAGAUCCUCCCGAUCAUGCCAGCUCUACCGCCACCGCCACCGCCGCCGCUCACGGCCUCGGGGUUUGCCGCAUCCAAAACCCCGACACAGCACCCUGUGGGUUUGCCCACGUACGCCACUGCUGUCAGGUUGCAGCAAAGUAAUGCCCAGCCGCAUGCGGCGAUGCGGAUGACGCCACCUUUGUCCGAGGUAGUGGCGUCGGGCCCUGCGUUGCCGUUGUCGGGGUUGCACACGCGAGGUUCACAAAUACAGGGGGCUCCCUCGCCAAUGCCCACGACCCCCUUCCCCAAUGUUAACGGUCCACUGUAUGUCCCGGCGGAGCCCACAACUGCGACACCUAAUCCCGGAACCUCGACCACCGAUGCAAAUGCUCUCACUACAUUGCAGCUCCUAUCGACAAUGGUCUCAUCAGUGCACAUUGUGCGGACAAAUGAGACAGACGGGCAGAACAAAAUUGUCUCCAGGGCCAACCACCGCCGCAACCAGCAGCAGGGUAACGAUGCUCGCGGGUUAAGUGACGCCCACGAGAAGCAUGACACCGACAAGCGAGUCGACAAGAACAGGGCAUCACGCCAGGACGGCAAAAAGUCGACGCCGGCUGCAGACCACUGUACACAGUGCCUUAAGAAAAAACACUCAGAAGAUCUUCGUCUUGACAAGCGGGACAAUAAGUAUUACUGCUACAGUUGUUGGGCAAAACUGGGCUGGGAGUUCUGUCGUGAGUGCGGGGAGUUUAAUAAGGGCUACCGGGAGCGCACUCGCCGCCACGUGGGCGAGUUUUACUGCAACACCUGCUGGUCCAGCUUCAACAAGGAGGGUGAGGAGGUGACAAGGAAGGGCAGCCAACCUUCCGCGAGUCCUAAUGGACAAAAACAGCAUAAUCAAAGACAGAGAAAGCAGAAGCGGCAGCAAGUGGAAGAGGAUGGUGUUGACGUGGAAGAGACGGCGGAGAAGAAGAUGAAGAAGCGAAGACCAUCCGAGCGUAAGAGCUCGAGGAAGUCACCAAGUGACGAGGAGAAAGUGAUUGCUGCGGCUGCGGGGGAGGAGGAUAACAUGAACACGAGUUUGUCAGACAAACUCAAUCUUUCGGAGGGAGUAAAUGCGGGUCAAACUAAUACGAAAAGGAAACGAAACAGAAAAAGUGUAGUGGAAACGGAGACAUCGUGUGAGGUACAUCAAAAUAUGAUUGAGCCCGCGCCGCAGACCCCACAAGAGGUUGUCGGCCCCAACCAGGUGGAUGUGGUGGUAGAGUGA